GCCAGAAUCCCCAAAUUUCUUGAAUAACACUACGUCUUACCCUCAACUCACUCAGUCCCCUAACUCUUACUCCACUAUCAACCACAAAAUGUGUAAACGCGAAAAACAGUAUUUCACCAAUGACCACCGCCAUAAUCCAAAGGCAAAGCCUCUCCAAAUUAUCACCAUGCAUGCGGUCCUACCUGGUCCUAAUGAAGCAGCUCGCGCCGAAUUUGAGUUCCUAAAUAUGACAAAAUCUGAACAGCGCAUUACCUUCGAGUUCCAGAUAGGCCCAAGGCCCUCAAACCUACGCAGGCUUGGUGUAAUCUCUGUGGGGCCCGAAAGGGAAGAGUCUAACAACGUAGAUCUUAGCAUGGAAGAGAUACUUGAAUUUAUCUCCAGUGGAUUUCACAGUCGCUGCAGGAUGGAGGUCAAUAACCCCAUUAACGGAUGGGUUGAUUUCGAAAUUGCCGAAGUUAACCGAAGGGAUCUCGGCCAAGAGGAAUGUGCGAGGGGAUGCAUUUCUAUUGCAAGGGAUCACAAAAGAGAGUAUCUUAGGGGACAAUAUAUUCUCCGACAAUCAGCAACAGGGGCACGGUGUGGCGCAAUGAAUCCUUAAAAUGGCUUAGGGGAUUCCCUGAGUGAAACAUGCCAGGGCCAUAAUAAGUAACGAG